AUGAAUGUACCAAUUUUGGUUACUGCCAAUUUUGAGGUUAUAACUUUUUUACAAUGAAUGAUACAUGGUUUUGGACCAUUUACACAAUCUAGAUACAAAGCUCUCCCUGAUGUUCAAUCUGCCUUAUUUUAAGUUUUAAACCUCCAGGAAGACCUUUAAUUGUAGUUUCUCACAUGGUGAAAAGGCAUCUAUAUCUUUUCUUUUUUUUGGUCUAAACUUUGUGCUGAACUGCAACAUUACAUUAUGAUUCUCAAAAAGUCGUAGAAAGAGGAGGAUAUGGAGGAGAGAGGUAUGAGCAGCUGGAGUUUCAGAAGAAAGCUAGGCAAUGUUACAAGGCUCUCCAUGAUGCUUCUUGGAAGGACUUCACGCCAUAGCUAUAUUGAAUUGGAAGCUGAUUUACAAGCUAAGUGGGGCACAACAGAGCAGAUAGAUCGACCUAUACUCUGGAAGGAGGCCAGAAAAGAUUCUUCUAGCAACUAUGUCACCGAGCGUGACAAGGUCAUGGGAGAGGCCAUCGAAGACAUGCUUGAGCAAAUAAAAGAGGGCAAACUGAUUGAGAUCAGAAAAAAUGAUAUCCUAACACAAGUGUUAGGUACUGCUGAGCACCUCGGUCGAGUUCGAGGCCAGAGUCGAGGUGUCACACAAAGAGACUACUUUCAUAAGCCUGUGGGGGGGGGGGGGGGGGGUCUAAGGCUUGCUAGAGUUGCCUUUUGAAAUGAUAACUAGAGUUUCUUGAGCGGAUGAGUCAUAGAUAGAGUAAGGGUCUAAGAGGCUUGCUAGAGUUACCUUUUGAAAUCAUAGCUAGAGUUUCUUGAGUGGAUGAGUCAUAGCUAGAGUAACUUUUGAAAUCAGAAUUAAAAAAAUAUACUAACUGUAGUAUUUAGUUAGCACUUACAUAGUUAUCCCAAGUGAGUUCUAUAUUCCAAGUGAGUUAGCACUUACAUAUUUUGAUCUUGUAAUUUUUAGAUUUGGAACAUACUGAGUUCUAUUGAUUUUGUUUGCCCGUUGAUUCUAUCUGAACUAUAUUGUAAUUACACAGGAAAUUAUGAAUGAAUAUAGUUAUUGAAAAUAGAUAAAUGAAAAAAAUUCUCAUAUUCUACA